AUGGCGGCACGUGAUCCCGACUGGCUCGGGUCUCGCAAGGUGGGCACCAAGGCCACGGACCCGACGGUGGAGGUCGAGGGCACGAGCUACGAGUUCGCGGUGGAGGUGGGCGUGGACGACGACCUGCCCAACGGAGCUUAUGCAAUCCCAAACUUCACGCCUCCGCAUGCGAUCCAUUUCGGCACGCAAAAGGUUUUCAUACCAGCCUCCGGCGCCACGUACAACGACGUGGUGAGGCCCAUGAUGAGCAAGCUGCGUGAAAAGAUCGACGCGUGGUUCCAAACGCUCGUGGGCCAGGUCGAUGCUUCCAACAACGCCAACGCGUUUUCCAUUAAAGCUUCCCGCUACGCCACCGAGAACGGGGGCGGCGGGAAACAGCUCGCGUAUAAGAUCGAGAUAUACCUGGUGAAGCUGGAGUUCAAGGGCGGGGCUGUAUCUGCCGACGGUGCCGUACGCGCGGGGGCACACUCGGCGACGAUUCAGACUCACGUCACGAAGCAUUGCCCAGGCUUCGCAGGCCAUGGCGAUACCCUGUCCAUACCGUCAAAGAGUGAGCAACCCGCUUGUUGCAUCUUGCUGUAAGGGGCGGCAUCGAGGAAUCUAAGAGGGGCGACACCGGCAAUGUCUGCCGCUGCCCGGCGGCAAUGUCGCGAAUCAGAAGUGCUUGUUGAUAACGAGGCAGGUGCUUCUGGCGAUCGCAAGUGGACGUGCUUCAGCCCGCGGUGCAUGCCUACAGUGGGCGGCCUCAAGUUUAUGAAGUUUGCUUGUGGGCGGGUGCGUUUCUGCUCUGUCGAUUGCCAACGGGCGGACUGGUCCGUUCACAACUGACCUGCACAGCACGCAAACCCAAGAAAUGAGCCGAGCCCGCCGGAGCCGAGCUGGGGCACGGGACGCGUCGCGGGAGGCGGCGUUUGCCCUGAACGAACGCGUGAACCGUAAUGUCGUGGUUAUGCGCGCGCCCGCAGGUGGGUAGGGUAGGACAGGUGCCCAAUAGUCCAUAGAGAGAAGUCAAAAUUCUCCUCAGACA